CCGGAUUCAUGUCGAGGAUUUUGUUAUUAUCCGAGAAAAUAAUAGAAAUCAUGGAUGACACAAAAGCAUAUAGAUUGUGGAAUAUUCAGCCCGGCGAGGAGAUUGUUAUUUCUGGUAUUGCUGGUAGAUUUCCAGAUUCAGACAAUAUGAAUCAGUUACGAGAAAAUCUUUUCAAUAAAAAGGACCUUGUUAGAGCAGAUCAUGGGCGAUGGAAGACAGAUCAUCCGGAUGUACCAAGUCGUAUGGGAAUAGUUAACAAUUUGAAUAAGUUUGAUGCGGAUUUCUUCGGAUUAUUUUUCGAGGAAGCACACACACUUGGACUUGAGACGAGAAUGUUACUGGAACAUUCUUAUGAGGCAAUUAUCGAUGCCGGUAUUAAUCCAAAGCAGUUACGAGGAAAAAAUACUGCCGUAAUUAUAGCAGCAUCCUUUUCUGAAACGCAAAAUAAAUUUUUGUUUGAAGAUCUUGAGAUAGGUGGUUUGAAUCUUACUGGAUGUCACAAAUCUAUAAUGGCAAACAUGAUUUCGUACUAUUUGGAUUUGAAGGGACCAUCAUAUGUAAUUGAUACAGCUUGCAGCUCUAGUUUUUAUGCCAUGGCCGCUGGUUAUCAUUGUAUCAUAUCGGGCAAAUGUGAAGACGCAAUAAUUGGGGCUGCACAUUUAUGUCUUAAUACAACUACAACUCUGCAAUUCGCUCGUCUUGGUGUUUUGGCACCCGAUGGUUAUUGCAGACCUUUUGAUGUCGCUGCAAAUGGUUAUUCACGUAGCGAAACAAUGGGAGUGAUAUACCUCCAAAAAGCAAAGAAUGCGAAAAGAAUUUAUGCUAUAUGUCCACAUAUUAAAACAAACAGCGAUGGUUACAAAAAAGAAGGAAUAACACAUCCAUCGAUACGUAUGCAAGGUACUUUACUAAUGGAAUUUUACGAUGAGUGUGGAAUACCAUCAUCUUGCUUGGAUUACAUUGAAGCACAUGGUACCGGUACCAAAGUCGGCGAUCCUCAGGAAAUCAAUGCUAUUUAUAAUGUCUUGUGUAAGAAUAGAAAAACUCCAUUAAUGAUCGGCUCCGUAAAAUCCAAUCUUGGUCAUGCUGAAGUUGCAAGUGGUUUUACUCAGAUCGCUAAGGUAAUAAUAGCGUUCGAAACCGGUUUUGUUCCACCAAAUAUCAAUUAUACAUCACCACGAACCGAUAUAGAUGCCUUAAUAAAUGGAACUGUUCGUGUUAUCGAAGAAUCAAUGCCACUUAAAAACGGUUACAUAGGUAUCAAUUCUUUCGGUUUCGGGGGAUCUAAUGCUCACACGUUAUUAAAGUGGAACAUGAAACAAAAAGUUAACAAUAGUGUGCCGACUGAUGAUUUGCCAAGACUUGUAAUAUUAUCUGGGAGCACUGAAGAAUCAGUGAAAUUGUUUUUAAAUGACGUCGCAAAUCAUUCGGUAAAUAUAGAAUAUAUUCGUUUAAUACACGACGUUCAUGCGGACAGUAUAGACGGCCACCGAUGGAGAGGAUUCACUAUAUUGAAUACUUUGCAACCAGAUUCAAUAAAAGAAAUUCAAAAUUGUGAGAAUGCGAAAAGACCGGUUUGGUUUAUAUUUUCUGCUUUAGGCUCGCAAUGGCCAGAAAUGGGUCGAAACUUAUUAAAAUUUCACGUCUUUGCAAAUGCGAUAAGAAUGUGCGACGUUACUUUAAAACCAUAUGGUAUAAGUGUCACGGAUAUUUUGACAAAGAAAGAUGAAAAAGUGUGCGAAGACGCGUUGUACGCGUUUGUUGGCAUUGUCGCUAUUCAGAUCGGCUUAGUAGAUCUCCUAACAUUAUUAGGAAUUAUUCCGGAUUACAUGAUUAGUCACUCUGCUGGUGAACUUGGUUGCGCGUAUGCCGAUGGAUGUCUCACCAUUGACCAAGCCAUUUUGUCAGCAUAUUUUAUUGGUUUGGCAUGUACUGAGGGAAAAAUAAUUCGUAGCUCUAUGGCUAUUGUCAGUUAUUGUGAUUACGAAUGUCUCAAAAACAUGUGUCCAAUGGAUAUUGAAAUAAUAUGCCGCAACAGCGAGAAUUGCAACGUUGUGAGCGGGCCCACAGAAUCCAUGCAAAAAUUUAUGAAAAAACUACUACAGAUUAAUAAUAUUCACGUGAGAGAGAUACACUGCAACGUACCGUAUCACAGUUCUUAUCUCGAAUCUGUGGAAAAUCAACUUUUGCUUGAUUUGAACAAAGUAAUAUCACAUCCGAAGAAACGGAGUCCAAAGUGGGUCAGCACUUCCAUACCUCGCAUCGAAUGGUUCACUUCAGCAUCAAAAUUGUCAUCGGCGGACUAUCAUACACAUAGUAUAUUAAGUACCGUUCUUUUUGAACAAACAACGCAUCUAAUACCAAGUAACGCAGUUACCAUCGAAAUCGCGCCACACGCCGUUCUGAAAGAAGUGCUAAAUGAAGUGAAUAAUGUGGUAUUGAGUCGACGUAAUAAACAAAAUAUCGAUGUAGUUUUACAAGGAAUUGGAAGGCUGUAUAACUGUGGUUUACAGCCGAAAGUUGCUAAUUUAUACCCGCCAGUGGAAUUUCCUGUUAGUCGAGGAACUCCUAUGAUUUCCCCAUCGAUAAGGUGGGAUCAUUCCAAAAAUUGGUACGUACCGAGCUUUGAAACACAAACGUUCAUAAAAUCCGGAGAAAGAUAUGUCGAAAUUUCACUCAACAGUGAGGACUACGAUUAUAUGUGCGGUCAUGUAGUCGAUGGAAGAAAUUUGUUACCCGCGACGGGUUAUCUUGUACUCGUUUGGGAAACUAUCGGUAUGAUGAAAGGAAUAACAUUCACAACAAUACCGAUAAUAUUCCGAGAUGUAAACUUUAUUCGCGCUACUCAUUUAACGAAAAGUAAUGCUGUAAAAUUGACAAUUGCGAUACAGAAAGACGGGAAGUUUGAAAUAACCGAAGAAGGUAACGUUGUGGUGACAGGUACAGUGCACGAGACAUCGAUUCCAGAACAGGAAAUGUUUCGGACAGAUCUAUUACCGGAGAAUAGCGACGAAGAAGAACACAUGACUGCUCGAGAUAUCUAUAAAGAAUUGAGACUGCGCGGUUACCAGUACAGCGGCUGGUUUCGUGGAUUACAUAGCGCAUCUAUUUCAGGCAGCAAAGGACAUAUCGUUUGGAAAACAAAUUGGGUAACGUUUAUGGAUACCAUGCUACAAAUGUAUAUUAUUGGAUACGAUACCAGGGACUUGUAUGUUCCGACGAGUAUUCAGAAAUUGGUGAUCAAUCCUGAGCUUCAUGCGUCGAAACUGCGGAAUAGCGCGACUGGCAUGGAAAAUUCGACAGAUAUAGAUAAAAAAUUACCGAUACAAAUAUACCGAGAACUAGACACGAUUAUAGCUGGCGGAAUAGAGAUUCGAGGCCUUAAAGCUACUCAGAUCUCUCGCCGGAGAUUGGCUCAAGAUGUUGUUACCGAAGAACACGUAUUUGUUGCUCAUCAUGAUCGCGCUAAAAUUUCUUUGAACGAAGCUAUUCGGAUAUCGGCGCAACUCGCGCUAGAAGAUCAUCAAAUCAUUAAAAUAAAAACCAUCGAGCUAGUGGAAGAUGUCGAUGACGUUGCAUUAGAAUAUCUCUCUUCUUCGUUGCUGGUUGAGGCUUUUGGUGAUGUGCCAUUAAUACAAACAAACAUCACUCUAUUAACAUCGCCGAAUCGUUUUAAUUCAGCAGAUCUACCACAGAACAUUACAAUCGGAGAUUUAAACAAACCAUCUGUAGAUGACAAAGCCUUAAUAGUUGCAGGAUUCAACCUUUUGACCAAACAACAAGCUUUGUUAGAACGACUUUUGUCAUUUCUGAGAGAAGGUGGUUAUCUGUUGUCACGUGAGAAAUGCGACGUAAUUGAUUACACCAAAUAUUUACAGCAAUACGAAUUAAAUGUUAUUCUUGAAAAGCGCACCGACAAAGAAAUGAUUGUGCUUUUGAAGAAGAAAAUUCCAAUAGGAAAAAGAAUUGUUGUUUACAUAAAUAAUGAUAACUUUAAUUGGCUGGAAGAUUUAAAGCUACUUGUGAGCGGUGAGGAGGAUCUCGAAGAAAAAAGUAGGAUUAUAAUUGUUGGAGAGAGAGAUUUCGAGUGCGGUUUGUUAGGUUUCGUUAAUUGUUUGAGAAAAGAGCCGGGCGGAGAACUUGUUAGGGGUGUGCUUAUUCAAGAUGAAAUGGCGCCUAAGUUUUCUCUUCAGGACCCCCUCUAUAAACAACAAUUAGAAAAAGAUAUGAUCAUUAAUGUAUUGCGAUCUAAUAAAAACUGGGGAUCAUACAGACAUUUGCGAUUAUCACGACCGGAAACCGAACCUGUACCUACCGCUCAUGUCUGCCAAACGGUCUGUGGUGAUCUAAGUACAUUUUGUUGGAUAGAGAACAGUUUAUCUGUCGAAUCUCUUCGUGAAAAUUUGGUACGUGUGGUUUACUCAUCAUUAAAUUUCAAAGAUGUAAUGCUCGCGACUGGUAAAUUAACAUCUAGUCAGGCGAUCUCACGAGGACGGUUAUUUCAAUAUAUACCCCUUGGAUUGGAAUACGUAGGAUUCGAUACCAAUGGGCAACGUGUAAUGGGAAUCCGUGAUACCGAUUGUAUCGCAAAUGUUAUUAAGAAAGAUACAGAUUUUUGUUGGAAGAUACCUGAUGCGUGGACAUUUGAAGCGGCUGCGACGGUCCCGUGCGUUUACAGCACGGUUUACUUAGCCUUAUACAUAUAUGGGAAAAUGAAAAAAGGCAAUAAGAUACUUAUACACUCUGGUACUGGCGGAAUUGGACAAGCAGCUAUUCACCUCGCUCUCAAAGAAGGAUGUGAGGUGUUUACUACUGUGGGCACGAACGACAAACGGAAAUUUAUUAAGAAGAUGUUUCCGAGCAUUCUGAAUGAACAUAUUGGAAAUUCGCGAGAUACCAGCUUUGAACAAAUGAUAAUGCGAGAAACAAACGGUCACGGCGUCGACAUCGUGUUAAAUUCAUUGUCAGAAGAAAAGUUAAUCGCGUCAGUUCGUUGCUUGGCGAAAAACGGUCGUUUUCUGGAGAUCGGCAAAUUUGAUCUCAUUUCUAACAAUCCACUAGAUAUGUCCAUGUUUCAGAAAGGUAUUAGCUUUUAUGGGAUUCUACUCGAUAAUAUGUGUACCGGCGAUCACAAAUAUAAGUCGUUGCUGUCUAAAAUGGUAGCCGAUGGUCUUGAAGAUGGAACCAUUAAACCAAUUCAAGUAACAGUUUUUUCAAAAACAGAAAUCGAAGCAGCUUUCAGAUACAUGGCGAGUGGAAAACACAUGGGAAAGAUAAUUAUAAAUAUCCAGGAAACGGAUAAACCUUUAGACAAGUCCAUUGUCGCAUAUCGUCGCUAUUACUGUCUCAGAAAUAAAAGUUAUAUUAUACUAGGAGGUCUUGGUGGAUUUGGUUUGGAGUUAACCGACUGGCUGAUAUUUCGAGGCGCCAGGAACGUCGUGUUGAUAUCGCGAACUGGAAUGAAAAACGGGUACCAACGUAUGAAAGUUCGACUAUGGAAGUCGUACGGUGUAAAUAUUCUGAUCAUCAAGAAUAUCGAUGUCGCUGAUUCUAAGGAUUGCGAAUACAUCUUGAAAACUGCCGAAAAAAAAGCACCAGUAGACGCGAUAUUCAAUCUCGGAGUGGUGCUGAGAGACAGCGUCCUGAAGAAUCAAACCGCGCAGACUUUCGCGGAGUCCUUCCGAUCAAAGGCUCGAGCAACGCAAAUAUUGGACAAGCUUUCUAGGAAGACCUGUCCUCAACUGCGGCACUUCGUAGUGUUCUCUUCCGUUUCCUGCGGCAAAGGAAACGCUGGACAGACUAAUUAUGGCAUGGCCAACUCCAUCAUGGAGAGAGUGUGCGAGAAGAGAGCGGAGGAAGGAUUACCCGGAUUAGCGAUUCAGUGGGGGGCUGUGGGUGACGUGGGUCUUGUCGCUGACGUGCAGGAGGACGAUAAGGAACUGAUUAUCGGUGGCACCUUACAGCAAAAGAUAUCUUGCUGUCUCGACGAGCUCGAUAAGUUUUUAAUUCAAAGUCGACCGGUUGUAAGCAGCAUGGUCGUAGCUGAAAAGAAAGCGGAAUCUUCCGGGCUUGACAGUUUGGUAAACACUGUCGCUAAUAUUUUAGGCAUAAAAGACAUGAAGGUUGUAAGUCAAAAUUCAUGUCUGGCCGAACUUGGAAUGGACUCCAUGAUGGUCGUGGAAAUUAAGCAAAUUUUGGAACGAGAAUUCGACAUUUUUUUUACUGCGCCAGAGAUACGAAAUCUCACUUUCGCGAAGCUCAAUAGGAUGUCCAAUGCAAAUGUGAGCGACGCUAGUAUGCAAGACAAGAAGAAAUUCGAUACAGUGGAGCUAGACGUUAUAAAAUUUCUAGUUGGUGUUCUAAAAGACGAAGAUUUUAUUUCAGAAGCCUGUUUAGAUUUCUCGACUAAAAAACCAAAAACUACGACCGAAGUAUUCCUUAUACCAGGUAUCGACGGAUGUGCAAGUGUAUUUAGUCAUUUAAUAUCAGAUAUUAAAUUUUCAGUAACGAUCUUGCAUUAUAAUACAAACAACACCGAUGCUAUCGAUGCUACAAACAUUAUAUCGGAGACGUCUGAUCAUCUCACAAACUACAUAUUACCAAAACUGAGAGGUGGGAAAGAUUUCGUAAUGGUGGGAUAUUCUUUUGGAUCUAUAAUCGCAAUUGAGUUAACCAGAAGGUUGGAGGCUAUGAAUUUUAUAGGCCGACUAGUUCUCAUCGACGGCGCUCCUGAACAAAUACAAAUGAUGUACAAACAUUUUACAUCAAAUCCUAAUGAAACAGACCUUCAGCUUGUUGUUCUAACCAAUAUCAUGGAAGUUUAUUCAGCAGGAAGCAGUAAAAAAAUUCUUAUGGAAUUGAAGAAAUGUAAGACCUGGGAAGAAAGAUAUAAUAUUUUCGCCGAACAAUUCUUAGCUACAAAUACGUUACUCUCAUCUGCAAAUUUAAAGACGCUGUGUACAAGAGUGUAUAAAAAUGUAUCCGCAAUUCGGCAAUAUGAUCCCUCUACGUUGCCGCCUAUUAGAUCUUCCAUAAUAUUGCUAAAAUCUGCGUACUCCUCGCAUAUACCACUUAAAGAAGAUUAUGGUUUGCAGAAGGUAACUCAAAAUCUGGUAAAAGUACAUUACAUUGAGAGUACUCAUGCGACGAUCCUGAAAAGCGAGAAAGUGCUAAGUGCAAUUAAUGGAGAACUUCCAAUUUAAAGUAUAUAAUGUCAUAACAUAUACUAGACAACAAUAUUGUUUAAAUUAAUUCUGACACUGAGACAUCUUACUCUAUCUAGAACCCUCUCCUUUGAGAAUUCUAGAUAGAGUAAAAGAUGAGUCUCUCAUUGUCAGAAUACUUGUAGUUACGGGGAUAAUAUUAUUAUAAUAUCAA